AUGCCCCACUCCGGAAGACUUUAUUUGAACAUGUUGCAGGCUGUGAUGGAGUCCGAAUCGAUAUCAUGGAAGAAUACGGCACAAACGCUGAGUUCUGAUUUUGCACGACCAUCCACUUUUACCUCAAGUUCCCCAGACGCUUCAAUCCAUCUUGGAACCACUCCUACAUCUUCCACACCUGAGCCUCCCGUGGGCCUCCAUAACUCCAUUCUCAAAAUGGCAAAUCUGGAUUUCAAACCCCAUUCUCCGUAUUACGAGGGACGCUACAACGUACGGUACCGUAUAGACAAGUAA